AUGAGGAGGACUAUCUUGGUGUUGGCUACACUCUCAACAGAAGUGUUGGGUCGUGUCGCACCCAGGCAUGUCAAUGAAAUCCCACAUCCAUAUUGGUGGGAAGGUCCAUCGACAGAGUCACUGAGAGAAAAUGCGUACGGGCUCUCAAGUGUGCCACUGCCAACCUCGCCGCCUUGGAGAGAAGAGCCAUGCGAGGGCGGACUCAAGACCACUACACCAAGUUCAGAGCAUAAUACAUCACUCUCCACAUCGACGGGCCAUCAGGAAUCAACACGAUGGUCGUCCGAUAGAUAUGCGACUACUACUACAUCACCAGCUUUCAAUUCCCCAACUUCUCAUCACAUACCAACGACGGGUUCACAGUCACUUCUAAUCCCAACCUUCAUCUACUCGCCACUCCCAAGCGCUUCACUGCCGGCGGGUAACUAUUCAUCACCAUCAAACUCAGCUUCUAGGACACCGUUAGUACCGAUUCUUGGAACAUCCGGAUAUGUCGUGUAUCCUCCCUAUCCAACCUCAAUACCUACUGUGUACCCAACAACCAUCUCUACCACUCUAGGUUUUUCCGCCGUGUCCUCGGGAGCCGGAAGUCUCAACACCUCAACGCAGGUGGUUCCAGUACCACUACCUAAGCCCAGUGCAUCGGCUUCUGGAUCUCAAGCUAUUCCCACCAGCAUCAAUGUGCCAACCAUAUUCAGCUCUACUGUGUCGCCUACUGCGCCAGGGCAAGAAAGCUCAGUAAGCAGCCAGACCGGAUCUUCUCACUUCGCUGCCCCUUCAUCAGUGUCCAAAGACACCACAUUCUUGCAUCUUCCGACUCUCGUCACCGUCACUUUCUCGGUCACUUCCUCGAGUAGUCGGACCAUCUUGUCCAGCUCUGCGACAUCCGCACCACUACCAACUAUUGUCUCCAACCUCUCCACGCCCGUGAGUUCGGCUAUUGCAACACCAGCUUCACGGUCUUCCUCUAUCCAAACCACGUUCUCAAUCGUGUCAACAUCAACACAGGACUCUUCAACAAAAGGCCUUUUCUCCACUCCAUCCCCAUAUUCCGACCAUCUCUCUGCAUCUCGCGCCUCAAUAUCACCGACACCAUCAUCAUCUGCAUCAGCAGUCUCCAGCAUUACUGCUACAGGCACUUCUGCCAGUAUAUCCGGCCUCCCCUCAUCAACGCGCUCGUCAGCUGGAACGCAAGGUACAGGUAUACCGCUAGCACCCAGCGCAGCGGGUGCAUCUGGAGGAAUGACCAGAGGCAAGGAGAAGGUUUGGUGGCUUUCGUUCCUUGUUCCUCUUCUCUUAACAUUAUAG